AUGAGUUACAAGCCGUUGCCCCGAAGGACGGAGUGGCCAGACAGCGUUAUCAAGAAGUGCCCAGAGCUUGCCGCAUGCUAUUAUGCCACCAGGGCCAAUACGGAUGAGGUCGUGGAGGACAUGCAACGGAGGAUGCUCGAGACACAGAAAGACUACAGGCAACAGCUGAAAACCAAGGGCAUAGUCACCUACGAGGAGGAGGUUGAUGAGGACUACGACGAAGACGAAGACUAUGCUCCACUGCAUCCACCGGGUCGGAGGAGGCACCGACCUGGCGUCAUGAAAAAUUGCCAAGGAGAGACUAGGAGGCUGAAUUAA